CAGUGGGUAACGAGUUGAACUAUUGGGGGCGUUCGCUUAGCCUUAGCAUUGCUGCAUGCUACAUACUUGACGGUCGUGUCCAGCAUUACGAGAAAAAAACAUUGUUUUGGACUUGUGUGUGGUAAGAUCCCAUCACUGUGCAAAAAAUGACGUCCCGCCUGGAAAAAGAACGUUCCAAGCAAAUACAAGAGAAGUGUCAGAAUCUUUUGACACAGAUGCUACGCGAUGAGGACAACAAGUAUUGUGUCGACUGCGAUGCAAAAGGACCAAGGUGGGCUAGUUGGAAUUUGGGUAUAUUUUUAUGUAUUCGUUGCGCUGGAAUACAUAGGAAUCUUGGAGUUCAUAUAAGUAAAGUUAAAUCUGUUAAUUUAGAUACUUGGACACCCGAACAAGUAGUGAGUUUACAACAAAUGGGUAAUUCAAGAGCUAGGGCAGUGUAUGAGGCAAACCUACCAGAUAGUUUUCGAAGACCUCAAACUGAUUGUAGUCUUGAAAGUUUUAUUCGUGCAAAAUAUGAACAUAAAAAAUAUAUAGCUAGAGAAUGGGUGCCACCUCCUUUGCCAAAGGUAAACUGGGAUAAAGAACUUGAUGAAGAAGCUGAAAGGCAACGUAGACGAAAAAAGGAGAAUUCUAAAAGCUCAAAUAAUCAAACUAUACUUCCACCUGUUAAAAAACCAGAAGUUGUGCCUCAGUUGCCAAAACCUAAAAGCUCUGUCAGUCCUAAACCAAAUAGAGCAAACAAUUCUGCAACUUUAGACUUGUUGGGAUUAGAUGCUCCAGCAACAAGUCAAUCAAAUGUAAAUGGUAGUGGGGAUGAUAUAUUUUCUUCCUUUUUAUCUGCACCUCCAGCUUCAGCAGCUUCAACUAGUAGUAGUUCUUCUAAUGUAACUAUAGACACAUCGUCAGUAGUGAGUAAAAGUGAAGAAGAAAGUUUCUUUGAGCAAUCGGCAUCCUCGCUUCAAGAAAAAAGUAAAAUGUCCAAAGACAGUAUCUUGGCAUUAUAUGGGACACCAAGUCAUCAACAAUCAACCAUGUUUGGAGUUCCUAGUGGAGGAUAUCCUCAGCAGUCUACUGUUCAGUACAAACAAGUACCAAAUAUGGUAGCAUAUGGCCAACAAAGUAGUUUUCCAAAUCAACAAAGUUCCUUCUCUCAACUUGUUUCCACUCAGAUGCCUGUUACGUCUAAUCAAUUACCCGUGAAUCAAAAUCAAAUUCCAGUAAAUUCCACUUCAUUAGGUUCAGUGGCACCAAAUUCUUUAGGAAACUGCUUACACGUAGGACAAAUAAAUCAGAUGAAUGGUGUACCUAAUGCUGCCAUCACAAUGCAAUCCCAAAUGAUGAUGCAAAUAGGACAGACUAAUAUUAGUAGCAAUAAUGGAUGGAGUGGGGUAUUAACACAAAAUCUUCAACCAGCUCCUGGUAGCAAUCCUUUUUUCAAUUUAACAACCCAGCAACAGCAGCAACCUGUUGCCUUUGGUGCUCAGUUACCACAACAAAUGUCACAACUAUCUUUAGCUGGUACAAGUUUCUCAAAUACACCAGGAAAAUCUACUACCACUGCACUCCCUGGACAAACGCUUUCCACCAAUUUGUGGCAGUAAAAGUUUUAUGGAUAUUGUUAGUUGAUUGAUUACUCCGUUCAGUGUUAUACACUAGUGUCAAACGUUCGUUACCCACCAUGAUUACAUUUCCAUAUUAAUUUGGAAACUGCUCUGGGACACAACGCAAUUAAGAAGAAUAAAAGUACUCGAAUACUGCCAUUUUCGGAAAAACAAUUCCUGAGUGUAUACGGUAUAUCGAGUCAGAAAAUAUUUUUUUUCUAUGGCUUUGCUAGCUUUCAACAUUAUUGUUGGAAAAGUUGAAACUACGAAUAAAAACGAAUUUUUGACUGAUUGUAAAGAGUUAUUCGUGACGUACACUACACAUGUAUUCAACAACGUAACCAUAUUAUUUGCUAAAAUGGGUGCUUUUGUAAUCACAAUGAAUAUAUGUCAGGGUCCACUUUCAUUAUAAUGAAAAAUUUUAUUAUACCUCAAAUGGUAUAAAUAUGAUUAUUGCAAUAAGCAUAUUUUGCGACACGAUUCAUUUUUCCCCUAAAAUAACGAACUGUAAACAGAAUACAUAAUAGUUUACGAACUAUUAAAGUUCUCAGAAGAAUUGUACAUUAAAGGCCACUUUACUUAAAAAGUGACUUCAAUAAUUUUAAAAACAAUCUCGUUUUCUAGCGUAGUGUUGUAAUAAUUGUAUGCAAUCAGAAUGUAUUGGAAGUUUUAAACAGUUGGUUUUUAAUUUUAUAUUGAUUUAUGUAAAAAUUACGAGAAGAGCCUGGUGUUUAAAACAUAAAUGAUAUUAUUUUUUGUACUUGAAUAGCGUGUUGCUUAAAAAUGCUAAUAAUGCGAUGUUGAUUACAAGUAUUAUUAUUAUUUCUUAUGAAAUUAAAAUGCAUUUGAUGUUUUUUGUUAAUAUCUAAUGGCAGAGACUUAAUGAACCAAACAUAUUAUCUACACUUUAAUUCUUAUUACAUGUACGAAAUAUAAAAACAUAUUUGCAAAUUGUUUGCAUUGGAAAAAAUAUAUAUUUUAGUUAUUAUUGAUUAGCAAUGAUCAGUUAGUAUCUUGUGUAAGACAGGGACAUAUAUUUCCCUAUUUUAAAUUUAUAAUUUAUUGCCAUGUAACACAAUGAGUAUUGAAACUUGACAAUAAGUUUUGGACAUACAUAUGUCAUAUUUAUGCUUUAUUAUAUUGAAUUUUCCUCUUAUGAAAUAGUAUUAAAUUCUUAUGCCAUUGAAUAUAAAAUGCACUGUGCAAACGUAUUAAGA